AUGAAAGUGAUGAAAAAGAUGAUAAAUAUAUGGACCAAGCUCGAGUUCAUGCCAGAAGAGCGACUCCCAAAACUUUGUUUUAACAGACUUAAAUCUUUAGAUAAGGAUAAGCCUGACAUAGACUUCAAUUGGGUGCCUCAAUUUAGAGCAAUAGCCGAGCUUAAUGCCUUUGCAGAAGAGCUUUCUGUUCACCCCAAAAAACGGACUUCUUCGACACAAAGACGAUAUCCUUCAAAAAGCACACAACUAUUAUUUCUCAGCCGACAUACAAAGAACCUUAAACUCCAUGAACUACCCUUUAUACAGAAUGCUAUGCAGUUACAAUGCUCCCGAUCCUGA